AUGGAGAUGAGGGCGCCAGUGCCCCACCUACCUCCCCAGGCUGAUGCUGGAACUGCCCUCCUUUCCUGCACAGUGUGGAGAGGAGACUGCUGCCCGGCCACCGUGCUCAGCCCUUGACCCCUCUGGGAGUUCCUAGAGGUGGAAGAAAGUAAUUUGCUGAGAUGUCACUUGGGAACCUUCCCCUGGAAAGUCUGGAAAUGGAGAGCUACCACACGAGGUUCAGUGCUUGGACUCCUUUUAAGAACCAGUCCUUAAACAGACAGCUCUUUCAAGAAAGAGUUACUCUCAUAAGUCACUGGUUUGACCUCUGGACCAACAAGCAACGGCAGGAAUUCUUAUUCGUGAUUCUUUCACAAUGCUCAAAAUCACAAUUAAGGUUCGUCCAAGACUGGUUUUCAGAAAGGAAGCAGGUGGCCAGAGUGGAUUUCUCGACAGUGUUACCACGCUGCAUUUCUCUUUAUAUCUUUUCCUUUCUGAAUCCGAAGGACUUGUGUGCAGCUGCUCAAGUCAGCUGGCCCUGGAAGUUUCUAUCGGAACAGGAUUGCUUGUGGAUGCCGAAAUGCACUAAGUUUGGGUGGUUUCUGCCCUAUAGUCCAACACAGAAUGAAUACGGAGCUUGGAAGCAGCACUACAUUGCUUGUGUGUCCAGCUUGGACUGGCUAACACCCAGGGAAGCUGCUGCUGUUUAUGGAACACUGAAUGAACCCAAAACAGAGGAUGAGGAGCUCCAGGAGAGGCAAAGAGAAAGGUGCCUGAGAAAAAUAGUUUGGGAGAAAAUUGCAUUCUCCAAGAAGGAGUUAUUCAAAGCUCGACCCCCUUGGCUGAGUGGAACACGAUGCUCUAGGUUGUUAAAAUGUACAAGCCUGCCCGGUAGUCCUUGGCUAUGGAGAGACGGGACAGGGUUCUAUGAAGCCUUGGAGAGACAUUUUCUUCAGGCAUCUUUAGAUGCUUUGCCCAAGCGAAGCAAUAUCUCUGGAAGUCACUCCUACCCUUUAUUAUUAAAGAAAAAUUAUCCCGGGGUUGGUAGAACUGAUGACAGUUCUUCCUGUGCUUUGCCGCUACAUGUCAUCCUGAUAUCAUCGAAGAUUCCUGCAUAUGAGAUGGUGAGAGAGAGCAUCAGGCCAGAUGUCGAGGCUGUGCUGUAUGACCACAGUGGAGUAACGUUGGAGGGUCUGCUUCAGCUCACAGACAAAGCUCUACAAGGGCGGAAGGCACAGAGCCUGGGAAUAUUCAGCAGUGGAAACAGCAGAGAAAUCGACUUACUGCAAGGCUAUAAAAUUUGUAUUAAAAAUGUACUAUGGCCUGAAGUGAGAGACUUCUGGGAGAAAUUAGGAAGCUCUGUGGCCACCAAAGAAGAAGGGGGACAUGUGGACUUAUUUGUGCCACUUGGAGCAUCAGAAGCAGGUAUAGAAGUUCUUUCUCAGCUGUCCCAACUAACUGGCACGUUGUUCUCUGCCCCAACUGGAAUUGCAACUGGUUCUUACCAACACAUUCUCAGUGACUGGCUGGGGCCACAUCGGGAUAGGACUCCCCCUUCUAACUACUUCAACGAGUCCAAGCUGCAGGCAUGGUCCAGCUUCACAGAAUUCCUGGAAGACACCUUGAAGUCAGUGAGGAAAAAGUUGAAUCCGAUCUUCAAGAACUUGCAGGAGAGCAUCAGUGGCCGCAUGAUAGGGCAAUUCAUGUUUGACACUCUGGGUAUGGACAGCAUCUUAAAUAACCAAGGCAUUGCACAGGCUCUGGCAGAUGGACUGAUGGAGUUGUCAAAAGAAGGGUCUGAAAGAAGCACCACAGAAGAUAACUCUCAGGACAUGAAGUCAAGUCCAAGCCAAAGCAACCUGAACAUGGAGGUUCUGGUUAAGCUGGAGAGAACGCUCCAGAUGAACUCGGUAGAGAAACGAAUCCGAGUUGUGAGGGAGCUUGUACAGAGCGAGAGACGGUAUGUGCAGAUGCUGGAAAUCGUGAGGGAUGUAUACGCCAGGCCCCUGAGGGCAGCACUCUCCUCAAACAGAGCCAUCCUGAGUGCUGCCAAUAUACACAUCAUUUUUUCUGACACUCUGUGCAUCUUAAAUCUCAACAGAGAGUUUCUAGAUAACCUAACAGACAGACUACAAGAAUGGAGCCCAGCCCACUGUGUGGGAGAAAUAUUCAUAAAAUUUGGAAGCCAGUUGAACAUAUACACCAAUUUCUUCAACAAUUAUCCAGUUGUUCUGAAAACCAUUGAGAAGUGCAGAGAAAUGACACCCGAGUUUAGAGCGUUCUUGAAGAGGCAUGAUAAAACCAUUGUUACCAAAAUGUUGAAUCUGCCGGAGCUGCUUCUGUACCCAUCCCAGAGAUUUGAAGAAUAUAUUCACCUUCUCUAUGCUCUGAGACUCCAUACUCCUGCAGGACACAUGGACCGUGGAGACCUGACCUCUGCAAUUGAUCAAAUCAAAAAAUAUAAAGGCUACAUAGAUCAGAUAAAGGAAAACUUCAAAAUGAGAGAGCAGCUGUCCAAUAUACAGACGCUCAUCUGGGGCUGCCCGACUUUAUCAGAAGCAAACAGAUACCUGAUUCGGACCCAAGAUGUGGUUCAACUUCACUGCUGUGAUGAGAAAAUGAAUUUUUCUUUAAGGCUCUACAAACAGACUCAAGAUCUCAGCCUCUUCCUCUUCAAUGAUGUACUUCUUGUCACCAGUCGGAGCACAUCUCAUACUCCAUUUGAAAAGUCUUUUAAAACAACCUACCAGUUCACCGCAUCAGUGGCCCUUUCCAGGAUGCUCAUAGAAGACAUUCCAGACUCCAAAUAUAUCAAGAAUGCAUUUAUUCUUCGAUGUUCAGAAUGGGAAUGGAUCUGUGCUACUGAGAUGUCAGAUGAUAAAUUCCUUUGGUUGUCAGUACUCCAACAUGCGAUCAGAAGCAGUAUCAAGUAA